CAUUGAGAUGAGCUGAUCUGCUGAAUCUUUGAAGGUUUGCAUGGUUGAAAACUCGGAGUGAGUUGAGGUGAAUGAGCAAUGAAGUGGUGAUUGUGCUCUUGGAUUAUGGCUGGUAGAUAGUGGCGGCGAGGGAACGUAGAAACAAUCAUGUAUCUUUACAAUGUCACUCUGCAACGCCCAACUACCAUCACCUGCGCCAUUCAGGGCAAUUUCACGGGCACUAAACAGCAAGAAAUUGUUGUGGCGAGAGGACAGAAAGUCUUGGAGCUCCUUCGUCCUGAUCCCAACACUGGUAAAAUUGUUCCCGUGCUGUCCGUUGAAGUGUUCGGUGUCAUUCGCUCGCUGGUGGCCUUUCGCCUGACAGGAGCUUCUAAAGACUUCAUUGUCGUUGGUUCGGAUUCUGGCCGUAUUGUCAUCUUGGAGUACAAACCUGCCAAGAAUGUCUUCGAAAAGAUUCAUCAAGAGACAUUUGGCAAGAGCGGGUGCCGACGUAUCGUUCCUGGCCAAUACCUGGCUGUGGACCCCAAGGGCCGUGCCGUAAUGAUAGGUGCCAUUGAGAAGCAGAAGCUUGUGUACAUCCUUAACCGUGACGCAGCCGCACGUCUGACAAUCUCCUCACCACUGGAGGCUCACAAGUCUCACACACUGGUCUUGGCAGCCAUUGGCGUGGACGUGGGUUUUGAGAAUCCCAUCUUCGCUUGUCUGGAGCUGGACUACGAGGAGGCAGAUGGCGAUCCCACUGGAGAAGCAGCACAGACCACGCAAAUGACGUUGACGUUUUAUGAACUGGAUCUCGGUCUGAACCAUGUUGUCCGCAAGUACACAGAGCCAUUGGAAGAGGCCGCCAAUCUACUCAUAGCAGUUCCUGGUGGCAACGAUGGGCCCAGCGGUGUUCUAGUCUGCUCAGAGAACUACAUCACGUAUAAGAACUUUGGCGAGCAGCAGGAUGUGCGCAGUCCCAUCCCGCGCCGCCGCCACGACCUGGACGAUCCGGAGCGUGGCAUGAUCUUCGUGGCCUUCGCCACGCACAAGACCAAGUCUAUGUUCUUUGUGCUGGCGCAGACGGAGCAGGGCGAUCUCUUCAAGAUCACGCUGGGUGUUGAGGACGACAUGGUCACGGAGAUUCGUCUUAAGUACUUUGACACGGUGCCCGUCGCCACCAGUAUGUGUGUGCUCAAGACCGGCUUCCUGUUUGUGGCGUCGGAAUUUGGCAAUCAUUUCCUUUAUCAGAUUGCCUUUCUGGGUGACAAUGAUGAUGAGCCAGAGUUUUCUAGUGCCAUGCAGUUGGAGGAGGGAGAGACGUUCUUCUACGCGCCACGUCCGCUUCGCAAUCUUGUGCAGGUUGACGAGAUGGAGAGCCUGUCGCCGGUGCUCAACUGCCAGAUUGCUGAUUUAGCCAACGAAGAUACACCGCAGCUUUAUGUAGCAUGUGGACGUGGUCCACGUUCAUCGUUACGGGUGCUGAGACACGGUCUGGAGGUGUCUGAAAUGGCUGUGUCCGAGUUGCCCGGUAACCCCAAUGCUGUCUGGACUGUCAAGCGCACCGUACAAGAUGAGUUUGAUUCGUACAUUGUUGUGUCGUUCGUCAACGCCACGCUUGUGCUGUCCAUCGGCGAGACUGUUGAAGAAGUAACGGAUUCUGGAUUCCUCGGCACAACACCGACUCUGUCAUGCUCACAGCUCGGUGACGAUGCUCUUAUUCAGGUCUACCCAGAGGGUAUUCGCCACGUACGUGCUGACAAGCGCGUCAACGAAUGGAAAACGCCUGGCAAGCGAAUCAUCGAGAAGUGCGCAGUCAACGAUCGACAGGUGGUUAUUGCACUGACUGGCCGCGAGCUGGUCUACUUUGAGAUGGAUCCGUCGGGCCAGCUCAACGAGUAUACUGAGCGCAAGGAGAUGACGUCCGACAUCAUCUGCAUGGCGCUGGGCCCAGUACCAGCCAGUGAGCAGCGAUCACGCUUCCUGGCCGUCGGCCUGGCCGACAACACCGUGCGAAUCAUCUCACUGGACCCGUCUGACACGCUGCAACCACUGAGCAUGCAGGCAUUACCAGCGGCCGCCGAGUCACUGUCUAUUCUUCAGCUUGGCGGUAGCGCGGACGGUCAGGAGGCAGUCGGUGGCAACCCGCUGGGUACUCUCUUCCUCAAUGUUGGUCUUCAGAACGGUGUACUUCUUCGCACGGUCCUGGAUGCCGUAACCGGUGAUCUAACAGAUACCCGGACAAGGUAUCUUGGAUCGCGUGCUGUCAAGCUGUUCAAUGUCAAGAUGCAGGGCAAAGAUGCUGUGUUGUGUGUAUCUAGCCGGUCCUGGCUCAGUUAUGCGUACCAGACACGUUUCCACUUAACACCACUGUCAUACGAAGUACUCGAGUACGCGUCCAGCUUCUCGUCCGAACAGUGUCCCGAGGGUAUCGUUGCCAUCGCUCAGAACACUCUCAGAAUUUUGGCUCUAGAAAAGCUCGGUGCCGUGUUCAACCAGCAAUCCGUGCCACUGCAGUUCACACCGCGGCAGUUUGUUAUCGACUCGGUCAGCAAUAACAUAGUGGUUGUUGAGAGUGACCACAAUGCGCUCACUGACCAGACCAAGCAGGAACGCAAGGAGCAGAUGGCUGCGGAAAUGCUGGAAGCAGCUGGCGCGGACGAGAGAGAAGCUGCGCAGCUCAUGGCCGAAGAGUUCCUGACCGAGAACCUGCCGGACGCCGACUUCACUGCGGCCAAGCCCGGUACUUCCACCUGGUCAUCGUGUGUCAGAUUAGUAAACCCGAUUGAGGGAACAAGCCUGCAGCAGAUACCACUGAAGCAGAAUGAAGGUGCUUUCAGCAUUGCCUUGGUGGAGUUCGGCUGUCGGCCUGAUGAGAGAUUUAUCGUGGUGGGCACUGCGACUGACUUGACACUGACGCCACGUCAGAGUUCAGGCGGUGCACUGCAUGUCUUCCAACUGCUUGAGGAUGGACAAAAGCUCGAGUUCCUACAUCAGACUCCUAUCGACGGCGUGCCUAUGGUGCUGAUGCCGUUCCAAGGUCGCCUUCUUGCCGGCAUUGACAAUAUGAUACGUAUCUAUGAUCUGGGAAAGAAGAAGCUGCUGAGGAAAUGCGAGAACAGAUCCUUGCCCAACUUUGUAGUCAGCUUGAAGACGAUCGGCACCCGGAUCUUCUGCGGUGAUGUCCAGGAGUCAGUGUUCCUGCUGAAGUACAAGGGCAAGGAAAACCAGAUACUGCUCAUGGCCGACGACACAUUACCCAAGUGGGUGAGCUCUCUGUGUAUACUGGACUACAACACAGUGGCAGUGGGUGACAAGUUUGGAACAAUCAACGUUGUACGAUUGCCAACCGAUGCUGGUGAUAAUGUGGAGGAAGAUCCUACUGGCAACCGUGCUCUAUGGGACCGUGGAGUGCUCAAUGGUGCUGGCCAAAAGGUUGAAGUAAUCUGUAGCUAUCACAUUGGUGACACUGUGCUGUCCAUGCAAAAGACAACACUCAUCCCUGGUGGCGCAGAGGCCAUCACCUACACAACGCUGGGUGGCGCUGUCGGUACCCUGAUGCCGUUCACGUCACGCGAAGACAUUGAUUACUUCCAGCAUCUGGAGAUGUACAUGCGUCAGGAGCACCCGCCACUCUGCGGCCGCGACCACUUGCACUACCGCUCCUACUAUCACCCGCUGCGGAAUGUGAUCGAUGGUGACCUGUGUGAGCAGUUCAACUCGCUUGACCACUCUAAGCGGAAAUCUAUUGCAGAGGACCUGGACAGAGAGCCGUCAGAGGUCUCAAAGAAACUUGAAGACAUGCGCACUCGCCAUGCCUUCUAAGCGUGAACUUGAACGCGAGCAGCGUACUCGAAACGGAGGAUGCUCUUGGAAGACUAGGGAGCCAAGUCCCAAUCGACAGGCCCUCUGUGCCCCACUGUUUAUUGAGAAAGUUUUGAAUUUUGUAAAGUGCUCUUUUUUUGUUCUUCUUCCGAAACAAACUACUUUUCGCUGUGUCCCUGACCAGGACAGCUCCCCCGCGCACACAACAGUGUGUUUGUUUAGGUCUAACAUACUGCUGGCAUUGAAUAAUAUCGUGCAUGGGUUAUUUUUGUCUAGACCUGCCUGCUUUUCUAACCUCGAAAGAAACCUGCUUCCUGCUGUGCCCGUGGGUGGCAGUUAGCUUCCUUUGCUCUCAUACGAACUUUCCCCCCAAAGCUUUGCAGCAACACACACAAUACCUAGAACUGCAUAAGAAAAAAUACUACUACAGCAUGCAAAACUCUUGCAACACAUUCCGCCAAGUAUUAUAACAAGUGUUUUGUUUGUUUGUUUCGUUUGCCGAAAUGAAUCCCAUCGCCAAUCGGCUGUUGUACAUGA